AUGCAUUUGAGUUACUCUACGUCCUGUCAGUGUGGUCUGGGAUUCGGAGCGCUGGGUGGGGGCCGAGGUGACGGGACGGAGAGGGCGCGAGGGGAGACGCUGUCCCGCGGCGGGGCCGGGGCCCUGAUCGCCGGCCCGGGCGCCCGCUCCGCCACAGGGUCCGAUGGCGGCGGCCGCGCGCAGGGACCCGGCUCAGGUUGUUGGUGUGGAGUGGAGGAUAAGGCUGCAUCUUCUGAGCAGUGCAUUUCUGCAAGAGUAUUGUCACUGGACAGGACUCCCAAAGCAGGUAUGUCUCCCCAGAAGGCACACCUCUGUGAGAUGUGUGGAACCAUCUUGAGAGACAUUUUACCUUUGGUUGAACACCAGGAAACACAUCCUAAGCAGAAACUGUACAUGUGUGGGGCAUGUGGAAAACGAUUUCAUGUCACUGCAAACCUUCAUCAGCACCAUAAGCAGCAAAUUGAAGAGAAACACUUCAGAAGCAACAUGGGCAGAGCCUCGCUUUUGGAGAAAUGCAAAUUCCAUAUGUCAGCGAAGCCCUUUACCUAUGAAGAAAUUAGGAAGGACUUCCUGGCCAACCCGGGCUUUCUCCCGCAACAGGUCACUCACAUCAGGGAGAAGUCAAACAGUAGAACUGAGUGUGCGGUGGCCUUCCACAGUGUAAAAUGUCAUAACAGGGAAGACUGCAUGAAAGCUUUCAACCCCAAACACACAUUUGUUCAGCACCAGCAAGUCCUCAUGAGGGAAAGAUGUUACAGGUGUGAUGAAUGUGGAAAAUCCUUUAGCAAAAGCUGUAGCCCCCGUGACCAUUUGAGAGUUCACACUAGAGAAAAGCCUUAUAAAUGUGGGGAAUGUGGGAAAUCCUUUAGGCAAAGUUCUGGCCUCAUUCAACACCAGAGAGUUCACAGUGUACUAAGACCUCAUGAAUCUGAUGAAUGCAGAAAAUUAUUUAGCAAGAAGUACAACCUCAUUAUGCAACGGAAAGUUCACACUGGUGAAAAGCCAUAUGACUGCAGUGAAUGUGGGAAAUUUUUUAGCUACAAAUCUAACCUCAUUACUCACCAGAGAAUUCAUACUGGAACAAGGCCUUAUGAGUGCAGUGAAUGUGGGAAAUCCUUCAGCCACACCUCUGGUCUCAUUAAACACCAGAGAAUUCACACUGGAGAAAGGCCUUAUGAGUGUGAGAAAUGUGGGAAAUCCUUUAGCCAGACCUCUCACCUCAUUAAACACUGGAGAGUUCAUCCUGGAGAAAGAGCUUACGAGUGCAGUGAAUGUGGUAAGUUCUUUAUCUCUAGCUACUGUUUCUUUCAGCAUCAGAGAGUUCACACUUGUUUAAGACCUCACAAAUGGGAUGAUUGUGGAAAGUUACUUACCAACCUGUCCAACCUCAUUAAACACCAGAGAGUUCACACUGGAGAGAGGCCAUUUGAGUGUAGCGAAUGUGGGAAGUCCUUUAGCUGCAAAUCCUACCUCAUUACACACUGGAGAAUUCACACUGGAGCAAGGCCUUAUGAUUGUGGGGAAUGUGGGAAAUCAUUUAGCCAUAGCUCCACGCUCCUUCAACACCAGAGAGUUCACACUAGGGAAAGACCUUAUGAGUGCAGUGAAUGUGGGAAAUCGUUUUGCCACAGCUCUAGCCUCAUUACACACCAGAGAAGUCACACUGGAGAAAGGCCUUAUGAAUGUAGUGAGUGUCAGAAAUCCUUUAGUGACAGCUCUAGCCUCAUUAAGCACCAAAGAGUUCGUACUGGAGAAAGGCUUUAUGAAUGCAGUGAAUAUGGGAAAUCCUUUAGCCAGAGCUCUGACCUCAUUAAUCAUCAGAGAGAGCACACUAGAGAAAGACCUUAUGGGUGUAGUGAAUGUGGGAAAUUGUUUACCUUCAACUCUAACCUCCUAAAACAUCAGAAUGUCGGCAAGGAAUAAAACCCUUCCCAUAAUACAGGUAAGUCUAUUAUAGACUGCAUUGUGCCCCCUCAGAACUCAUAUGUUCAAGUCCUGCUCCACAAUGUAACUAUAUUUAGGUGUGGCUUUUACUAAGAUAAUUGAGGAUAAAUGAGGUAAUAAAGAUGGGGGCCUAAUCCAGUGUGACUGGCGUCCUUAGAAGAAAAGAUACUAGAAGGUAUGCUCUCGCAUGCUGUGUCUCUGUCUCUCUCCCCAUGAACAGAAGACAGACUAUGUAAUAAGACAGCUGUCUGUAAGCCUGGAAGAGUGGCCUCACCACAGACCAGUCCUGAUGGUACCUUGGUCUUGGAGUUCUAACCUCUAGAAGUAUGAGAAAAUAAAUUUCUGUUGUUUAAGCCAACUAGUCUGGUAUUUUGUUUUGGCAGCCUGAGAGGGGACAAAGAUACAAUGAAAGUACCACAUUACAUUCUGUUUUCACUGCAUUGAUAGGUAGCCAUGAAUAACCCCAAGAACAUAUAAAA